AAAACCACAACCGGAAACCCUAUGCAAUCAUCCGCGGCAGGUGCAGCUCAUGGGCAACAACAACAACAACAACGGGAUCAUCUAACGGGACUUCACCACAGCAGCGAUGCACCGGCUGUUGUUCGCGUUUCUGGCCGCCGCCGGGGCCUCCGUCCUCGGCCCCCCGAGGACGGAGGCCUCCCGGUCGGCGGCCGCGCCCUGCGUCGCCCCGCUGCAGUGGGAGGGCAGAUGGGUGAUGUACGACCACAGCAGCGGGAGGAACGCCCGGGCCUCGGUCUCCUACGACGGCCUGAAGCAGAGGCUGCGAGUCCUGCAGCGGAGCCAGAAGCACGCGCCCUGUCAGCGGUUUUUUGAGUACAUCUACUUGUACCAGAGCAUGGUGAUGUUCCAGAUCGACCAGAAGACCAAGGACUGCUCUAAGAUCUCCCUGACGGAGGCCUGGGAUCCCUUCGACAUCCCGGACAACUCCACCUUCGAGGACCAGUACUUCAUCGGAGGCCCCGGGGACAACGUGGAGGUGCAGGAGUGGUCCGACAGGAAGCCGGCCCGCCGCCAUGAGACCUGGGUGGGCGUCUACACCCUCAAGGACUGCUACCCGGUGCAGGAGACCUACGUCAAGAACAGCAGCGUCACCACCUCCACCCGCUUCUUCAACAUCCACCUGGGCAUCAGCGACCCCGACGUCUUCACCCCGCCCUCCACCUGCCAGUCAGCCCGGCCCGAGAGGAGGGCCGAGUCGGGCUGCUGAAGCCUCGCAGCCCCCCCCCCCCCCCCCCCCCCCCCUCAGCAGCUCCCUCGCAGUGCGGAGGGACGUUUCAGAGAUCAAUAAGCGGUAAAAAGGAAAUGUGACUUCAGACUUCUACCUGCAACCUGACAAACUAGUUCAAUGGGAUCCUUAAACAAUUAGCGACAUGCAUGUAACGUUUUAACAAUUGUGAUUAAUUUAUUUGAUUUGAUACUUAAGAAGUUUCAGUGAAGCAUUGUGGCUACGUGCUAACGAGCAUUGGAUGAUUUAUUUUCUCACAACAGGCAGUUUGACAUGAAUCCAAAUACUCAUCAGACCCAUGAAGUGCGUCUCAAACACGAGUGAACAAAGUAAACAAAUCAAAACCUUCUGGUUUGUGGUUUCUUUUAGAUUUGUAUUGAGGUUUAAAGGAUGUUUCUUGUGAUACAGACACACGUAUGUGUGUGCAGCAGUGUUGUUGACCCGCAGCCACAAUGUCAUAUUUUUAUUUUUGAACAAUAAACUUUCAACAUUCAAAAGGCG